AUGGCCCUCUUCAUCAUCCUCCUGGCCUCCUUGGUGACGAUCGUCACCACCAUCUCCACGGCCGCCAUCACCACCAACGGCGAGGUCAAAGGGGGCGGGGUUUACUACAUGAUAUCGAGAACGCUGGGCCCGGAAUUUGGGGGCUCGAUCGGGCUGCUGUUUUGCUGUGCGAAUGCGGUCGCCGCUGCACUGUACAUCGUAGGGCUAGCAGAGACCGUUGUGGAUUUUUUGAGGGAUCACAAUUGGAGCGUAUUCGAUGAGACGAACGAGGUGCGCGUGAUUGGCAUUGCCACGUGCAUCAUCCUGAUGGCCAUCAUUUGCAUCGGAAUUUCUAUAGAAUCGAAGCUGCAGCAGAUAAUGCUAAUCCCAUUCACGCUGUCGAUGAUCUGCUUCAUCGCCGGCACAUUUAUACACACAGAGACCAAGGAGAAGAAGGGAUUUACCGGGUAUUCAGCCGUCACGUUCAAGGAGAAUCUCCUCCCGAGUUUUCGGGAUCAGUCCUUCUUCACGAUUUUCUCUAUCUACUUCCCGGCGGCCACGGGAAUCAUGGCCGGAGCCAAUAUUUCUGGCGAUUUGAAGAAUCCACAGAUGGCAAUUCCACGCGGAACCCUGCUAGCCAUCGUCUCGGCCACCCUCAUCUACAUGGGGACGGUGCUGGUCAGCGGCUCGGUAUGGGUGAGGGAUGCCGAUGGUGUUACACGCAAUUGGGUGGUUGAUGGCAACAUUCUGAAGCCGAACUGCACGGGGACCUGCCAGUAUGGGUUGAUGAACGAUUAUCAGGUGGUAUCGGAGAUCUCCGCCUGGCCGCCAAUGAUCCUCAUCGGCAUCCUGGCGUCCACCCUGUCUUCAGCCCUGGCCUCGCUUGUAUCGGCCCCAAAAAUUUUUCAGGCAGUGGCUGCUGACAACCUAUUCCCCUACAUUACCUGGUUCAAAAAGGGUUACGGCGCCGAUAACGCUCCACGGCGCGCCUACGCCCUCACUUUUGCGAUUACUGUGGGCAUGAUUUUGAUUGGAAAGCUCGACCUAAUCGCCCCGAUCAUCUCCAACUUCUUCCUCUGCACCUAUACACUCGUCAACUAUGCCUGUUUUGACGCUUCGUAUUCUAAUUCACCGGGCUUCCGCCCGGCCUUCCGUUUCUACUCAAUGUGGCUCUCCCUCCUCGGCUCCGUCGUUUGUAUCGCCAUCAUGUUCGUCAUGAGCUGGCCGACAGCCCUCGCCACGUUUAUGGCUUUUGCGGCCAUUUUUGUGUUCCUGAAGAAGAAUAAGCCAGAUGUAAAUUGGGGCUCCUCUACUCAAGCCAACCACUACAAAUCGACGCUGGCCGGCCUGCAAAGAAUGGACAAAUACGAUGAGCAUGUCAAGAACUAUAGGCCACAGAUCCUCUUGAUGACCGGCGAGCCAUCUGCCCGACCGGGAUUGGUCGAUUUUGCGGGGAGCAUCACCAGAGGUGCCAGCCUCCUCGCAUGUGCAAAUGUCAUUACGCACGCCCCCUCCCAUCGUCUCUCGGCCCUCACGCAGCGCUCCGAUUCCCGCGCCAAGCUAUGGUUGCGGGAGCGUGGCAUCAAAUCCUUUGCGGUCACCAUUUCCGCCAACAAUCUGCACGAGGCUACGAACCAAUUAGCACAGUCGUACGGUAUCGGAAAGUUGGUCCCCAACAUUUUCUUCUACGGCUUCAAGACCAACUGGGCGAAGGGAGGGGCCGAGAAAUUGGACGAGUGUUGUCAUUAUGUGUCGGCAAUACAAGCCGCUUUCGACCACCAUAUGUCAGUAGCAGUGCUGCGGAAUCGCAUGGAAGGCUUUGAUAUGUUGGACCGAGGAAAUCGUGACGCCAUGAAAAGAGCUAGCGAGCAGUGGCCAAGAGGGACACCACCACGCGGACGCCCAAGUUUGAAUCCGGUGAUGCAUCAGGAGCUAUUCCGAGACCGAGCCCGUCGAGCCGUCGGCCAAAUGGGCAAACGAUUCUCGAAGAUAUAUGCUUCCGAAAAAGCCAACUCGAUGCCAUCCUUCGAGCCCCCGCAAAAUAAGCAGCUGAGCGUCCCGGAUAUCGCCAUCAAUGGGGUCCAUAAAUUGAGUGGUGCUAGCGGAGCCGGGCUGCAGUUACCCUCGCCAUUUUGCGUGCGUAUCAGGAAGGCUAGGAUAGAUGUCUGGUGGCUAAGCGACGACGGCGGCUUGACCCUGCUCCUAGCCCACCUGCUCACCCUGGAAAAGAGCUACCUAGAGGACGCCGAACUACGCGUGUUCACCGUCGGCUCGCAGAAGAACCCGGUGAUGGACAGUGAUAAGCUUGACCUGGCCGCCCUCCUCAACAAGUUCCGCAUCAACUUUGUUGACGUGGAGACGGUGGUCGGCAUCGAGCAGAAACCGCAUGCAAAGACCCUCGAGACCUGGGAAACCUUGAUAACCCCCUAUCGAGCCGUCGGCCAUCGCCAGAAGGAGGGCGAGAUUACGGAGCACGACCUGACGAUGCACAAGGGCAAAACUUACCGCCACUUGCGAUGCGGAGAAUUGCUACAAAAAUAUUCUGAAGAUGCGGACUUGAUUGUUGUAACACUACCAGUCCCUUCGAAAGGCACGCCGGCCCCGCUCUAUCUAUCCUGGCUGGAGAUGAUGAGCCGAGGGCUGCCACCAACCUUAUUAGUGCGCGGGAACCAUUCUUCUGUACUUACCUUUUAUUCA